GGUACGAGGCGAGCCAGUCAUCAGUUGGAUCGCUGCUGUCAUUCAGUUUGGAUACUGUCAGAUACCACAUCAGUAUGAGGAACCAUUCUUUCAUUUUUUGGCUUUUAUUCUUCGUGCACGGUGUGUUUGGUGUUGAUGAAGUGAAGUCAGUGUCAGUGAUGGUGGGAGAUUCUGUCACUCUAAACACUGAUGAUACUGAAAUACAGGGAGCUGCGAAAUUGCAGUGGAGAAUUCAAGGUGAAAAAAAAUUCAUAGCAGUGAUUGAUAGAGAGACCCAAGAAAUUUCAGUACCUGGGAAUGAUGAAGAAAUGUUCAGUGGCAGAUUAGAGCUGAUCAAUGAGACUGGAUCUUUGACCAUCACAAACAUCACAACUACAGACUCUAGAGUUUAUGAACUGCAGAUCAAGAUUGGCAGAGUGACCAAACCCAGGAUAUUCAAUGUGUCUGUUCAUGGUGUGUUUAGUUCCGAUGGGGUGAAGAAAAUGUCAGUGAGGGAUGGAGAUCCUGUCACUCUACAGACUCGCAUUACUGAUAUAACAGCAGAUGAUGGCAUCCAGUGGACGCUUGGACCUCAACACACUUCCGUAGUAAAAACUGACAGAGAGAAUCGAAGAAUAAUAUAUAAUGAGCAUGAUGUGAGAUUUACAGACAGACUGCAUCUGAAUAUUCAAACUGGAGAUCUGACUAUCAGCAACACCAAGACUGAAGUCUCAGGACUUUAUCAGAUAAAGAUCAUCAAACACGUGUAUACCAUAGAAAAGAGCUUCAGUGUUUCUGUCAGUGAAUCAGACCAGCACACUUCAGAUCCAGGACAUGACAGAUAUUAUGUCCCCCUGAUAUUGGUUAGUGUAAUCUUUGGACUGGUGAUUGUGAUUGAAACUGCUUUCUUGAUUUACUACAGGAAGUAUAAACAAGACAGACAAAGUACAAGACACUGGGUCCCUUAUCAGGAUGAACAAACACUAUGCUACUGCUGGUGAAGGGAAUGGUUUGGCAACAGAAUCAGGUGAAACAGAAGACUUACAACAGCAGUAGUUUAUAGUCAGCUCAAUAAUAAUGUUUGAAAUCAGCUCAUGUGUGCUUCUGAGAAGUGAAACUAGUGAAGACUUUCAUUUGAUUUGGCAUAAAUAGUGAAACAUGCUUUUAUUUAUUGUGACGUUGAUAACAGUUCACACCAUUCACACUCAUGAUGAUCAUAUUGUGUUAUUGUAUAAAGAGACAGUUUGACUGAUGUUCCCCUGUAAAUAAUCUUAAUGUGUAUAUGCUUUUAUUCUUUUA